CUGCCGCCGGAAGCUCACAGGUCACGGCCUCGAUCCGCCGACCGCCACCGCAACUGCAACGAGUCCGCCGACCACGUCGCCGUCGUCGUUAGACGUUGCCGCGAUCCAUCCGUCAAGUCCGGCAAAGCUCACGGCGAAGGUGCUCCGUCAAGUCCGCCACCAACAACACCACCUUACUCCGCUUGCCGCCGUCCACCGCCGACCGCCAUAGCCGACGACCACCUUGUUGGAAUAGAUCUGGCCUUCUCCAGACACCAUACUCGACUGGUGGGAGUGGACGGCGGCGGGUUUGAAUUGUGUAGACGCGUAGCGGCGGUGGCGGAGGGACACGGCGGUCGUUUGGUGCGAGCUCAGGGUUGCCGCCUCCGGCAGACGGUGGGACGAUAA